AUGAACACCGGUCUUAAGACCUACACCACUCUUCCUCUUCUUGCUCUUCCUGCUCUUCCACCAAGCCUUGCGCUAGUUAUAGUCGACCUUGCCAUCCUUUACGCCUUCAUAACUACUCGCAUGCUAUUGCCAAGUGCUCCAAGAGCUCCUUGCUUUAAUAGUGCUAAUAUCACCGACUUUAUCGAGAACAAGAUCGAACAAGGCCGCUUGUUCUUUCUCGGAUUGCUCGUCGAAAUCCGAAACAAAACGAUUAAGCAUUGUAAAGUCGACGAACUCGACCUAGACUCUUAUGCCGCUUUCGACGACUUCGUCGUAUUCGCUUUUAAGACCGACCAGAGUGCUAAGACUAUCGAAGCUAUAAAUCGGGAAAAGUCUUUUUUAGCCAACUUCAUUAAGGAUAUUCGGACCUUGGUUAAAGAAUACACCGAGCUAGCUAGCGUUCUUAACUUCAAGUUCGAUUCGAAGACUACGACGAAGCCUUUAUUAAGUAUACCGCUUAAGAUGCUCGAAGUAAGGUCAGCUUCGAAAGUGGAGUUUAGAUUGCUGCUAUCGGCUACGAAUUACAAAGACGAAAAAGAAGAGGAGGUAAAAGAUACGGGAGCUAUAUGCAAGAUUAUAGCUUUUGCGAGAAUUCCGAAGACACAACUCAAGCUCUUUAUUAAUACCGGAAUAAAUGUAAGGCCUUUAAGGACAUAG